CUGGGGGGACCCCGAGGCGUUCCCAGGCCAGCCGGGGGCUCCGCCCAGUGCAACAUGCCCGGAACACCUCUCCAGGGAGGCGUCCAGGAGGCAUCCUUGAGUUUUCCUUCUCUCUGUUGUGUGCUCUGUUCUCAUGUUCCUUUUUUCCAGGGUCUUCAAAACUUUGGCUUGUCCAGCAUUUUAGGCAGCAGACAGGAGAAGUUGUGUCCUGCUUUUUCUGGCUUAGAUGAUGAAGACAACGACAAAGACGAGCUGUCACAAACAGAGCUGAGUGAUUGUGAAUCAGACGAUCCACUUAAGGACCGUCAUCUGGAACUGGCUCAUCUUGGAGGAGGUCUGCAGUACAAGGAGUCUGAGACCAGUAAAAACAUUGAGGAGGCUCAUUCCUCAUUGGAUGUCAAGGAGCUGUCACAGAAGGUUCUGGACAUCAGCGACCUGUCUGGAACCAUGAGCCCAGUGGACAGAGAGGAAAGAGUGGGAACGGGAGAAGAAGAAGGCAGAGGAAGAGCAGCGCUCCAGGCCGGUAUUCUGUUGUUUUAAGGCACAUUUUGAGCUGAGACCAAGAGCCUCCCAUCCAGAACAUUGACCGACUCGUUCUCCAUCAGGCCAGCCCAACCCCGUCUCAGUCCUCCCUGUCCGAGCCCCAUGUCCUCCAUCCGCAGAAGGCCCACAGCUUCCUGCAGAGGCCUGAAACAUCUCGAGGCCGACCGGCCAGGAAUGUAGAGGAGAGCUCUUUCAAAAAACAAGAGAGCCGCGAAGACUUGGAGCCAAGGAUUAGCCAGAAGAAAACCAGCAUGGGAAAGAAAGAAGACUGCAAGAUGGCGGAGAACAGAGAGACAAGUUUUAGAGAAAGGAAAGAGUCUUGAGAGGAGAAGGAGGGACGCCGAGCUAGUGGUAGAGGAGGAGAAGGAGCCCAUGUUGAAGGAAGAGGAGAAGAGGAUGCAUCUCCUCAAGGAGGAGCUAGCCAGAGAAGAGCAGCAAGAAGAGAGGAAGCUGAGGCUAGAAAGUGAUGAAAGGUUUAGGACUCUGCAACUCCUGUUCCACAGGAGAGAGGGGGAGGCGAGGUUGAAAGAGGAGAGCAGCCGAACACUGGAGGAGCUCAGGGAGGACAGGCAGAAGCAGCAACAGAAACUCAAGCUCAAAGCGCCUUACAGUCACAAACGGAUUCACAUUCUGAUGGCGGCUUCACAGCCGAACUCUGGCGCCAACCUUCCACCAGAGGCAGGGUGGGGUUCAGUGUCUUGCCCAAGGACACUUCAAUACACGAGGUGGCCAAGGUGGGAGUUGAACAUCAGAGGUCGACCGCCCUACCUCUUAUUUUUCUGAAGGGUGACGUGAGACUGUGGCUUCAAGGAAUCAAGCCGUGUGGAGGGAGGAUAGGGAGGCCAUGCUGAUGGAGCUGUGCGCUGCUCUGGAGGAGGAACGAGCUGCGGCACGUGAGGAAGUGGAGGCUCGGAAGAAGCAGGACAUGAGCGUUUGAAGGUGGAGGCAGAGGAGGAGCUGCAGGCAGAGGAGUCCAGACUCCGGAGGGAGGCGGAGCAGAAAAUGAAAGCUGUACAACAGGAGGUGAAUGAGUGUGAGGCUGGGAGUCAGAUUCUUCUUUACUCUAGGCUAAAACUGAACCCAAACAGUCAGAGGGGGCGCUGGCAUCAUUGCCAAAACCAGGAGGUCCUGCUGCAGACUAAAGCACUAGAUCUGAAGAGGAGGAGAAGACGGCUGGAGGGAGAGGAAGUGGAUUGCCAGUUCGGCCAUCCGCAUUGCCUCACCCGUUCUGCUCAGACUUGACCCAGUGUGAUCCGCGACCACGACCAGCUGAGAGAGGAGCUGCAAAGGGGGGAGGAGCAGACGGCCCAAGCCCGGGACCUCAUCCACAGACUCCGAGAGGAGAGAUAUCGAGGCAGGGAGGAGGAGGAUAAGCUGAAGGGGGAAAUAGACAGAGCCAGGGAGGAGAGCCAAGGAGGACAAGGAGUGGCUGGAGGGCAAGGUGGCACUGCUGGAGGACAGAUGCAACUGCCUGGGUCGCAGAGUCAGGUGCUGCACAGAUGCUACCAGAAGAUGAGUUUGGAGCAGAAGUGGUUUCAUGCGUAUUUGCAUCGCGAGGCAUCAAGGUGAGCUGGAAAAGCUGGAAGCACCCAGCGCUCCUCCUAAACCAGAACCAAGCAAAAAGGAGGCAACAGCUCCCUCUAGUGACCAGACGGUGGUCUGCAGAGGCAGGCCAGAGACGAGGUACACGGGCAGGGUUCGGCAGUACAUCUCCUCUCACGGAGCGUCCAUCCAAAAGACCAAACUCUUCCUGGAGAAGGAGAGCAGCCGGCUGCAGGAGCGGCAGGCAGCUCUGCAGGCGGCCCAGGCCAGCUCGUCUCAAGGCCAUCGUCUUCUGGGGGUCACCGAGGAGGUGAUGAGAAGCCUUCAGCAGGAAUGCUCAAGUGUGGAAGUGGCUGGAACUUUGAGACCUGAAUCAAAUCCAGUUUGAUUUGUAGGAGUGCAUUUCAUUCCAUAUUGGGAAGUGUUCAUAAAGCAAACUUCACUAAGCCAAAGGAAAAGUCCUUUUCGUCAGGGCAUCCCACCGUCCCAGCCAAAGUCCUCUCCGUCCUCAGUGCCAUUCGUCCCUCACACGCUGUGAGCCUCCCAGAUCAACUCUGGAACUGGACCCCUCAGGGCGGCUCGAAACCCGCCCCUCCCAUUAGCACAGGGCCCUCCAGACAUCUCAGUGGAAGGAUCCACUAUAAGGAGAUGUACAAAGUUGUUCGCACUAUCUCACCUCCUCUGGGCUUUGGAAAGAACUGCCCCCACAGGGUGGCAUGCAAGAGACUUGUUCUGAUGAACAUGCCUGUGGAUGACGACAUGAGCGUCCACUUCACAUCCACCCUCAUGGCGCUGAUCCGCACCGCCCUCGAGAUCAAGAUUGCCAGAGGAGGAGAAGAUAGAAACCAGAUGGAUCUGGAUCUGCAGAAGGAGAUCGGCGUUAUUUGGCCUCAUCUGUCCCAGAAGGCGUUGGACCUGCUGGUCCCGAUUCACAAAGCAAGUGACAUGACCAUAGGGAAGAUCUAUGCUGCCAUGAUGAUCAUGGAUUACUACAAACAAAACAAAGCCAAGAAGUUGCGACAGCAACUAGAGGAACAGAAACACGCUCCCAUGUUCCAGCGAAUGGAUGCAUCUUCUCUUCCUCAAGAAAUCCUAUGCAAUGUGAAGUCUCUGUCGUUCCUCGGGCACAGCGCUGGAUCUGCUCUCACCAGAGGAGGGUUUGUGGCGCUCAGCCCAGUUUCCCCCCAGGAAAUGUUUGUGCAGCAGUUGCCCUGCUCCCGGCAGGAGAAGGAGGAAGAAGAGGAUGCGGACUACCGUUCCCCCUACCACCCCUACCGCCACCGUCUUCACUACCAUCAACAUUUGCACACGCUGGUGCCAGAGGUAGUGCAGUACAACCAACUGAUGCAGCAGACACUCAGUAAAUCACCUCAGCGCACUGCAUCAGUUAGAGCAUCUUCCAUGCCGAGACUGGCUAUUGACCCGCAGCCCGGAUUGUCAGCAGACACCAAGUCCAUGAAACGUUCCUUCUCCACCAUCGGAGACCAGUGUGUGAACGGCCUCUGGCAGGAGCAGCACUCUCUGGAAAGAAUAAGUCCAGACGCCGCCUACAGACCCCGGCAGAGGAGCUUUAGAGGUGAUCGCGUCGGUCAGUCCUGUCAACUCGGCCUCAGAAACUGGUACUCCACGUAACCGCCGCCAGCUUCCUCAGACACCUUCCCGCCCGCGGCCUCACAUCUCCUACUCCCCUCUUGUCUGCCGAGCCUCCACCUCCCCCACAGCUCCAGCCCCCACAGAGGAACAAAGCCCCCCUCCCGAUGGGCCCAGCGACUCCACAGAGACCCCCUGGAGGACUGACAAGGACAGCAGACCCCUGUCGGCGGGUCAGAGCUCCCCUGAAGGCGGCGGCUCAGCACCCAGCCACUCCUCUCCACACCGCUACACCUCAGAGCCCCACCUCCCGUUUCACAAGGAGUCCAGCCCAGCUGAAAGACAGGAGACCCUCACCUUUGAGACCGCCAUCGCCACCACCCUGGGUCGGACACACGCCAUAAGCUCCGCCCCUCAGCUCAGACACUCAUGGCAGGUUCCGAACGGGCAUUUCCGUAAGCCCUUGGCUCAGGCCAACCCGGCUGACGGCAGUGAGUUGCUCAGUGACACAGAUGAAGACGACCUCUGCUAAAACUCUGAGGACCUCAGAGAAGCUGGAGCUCUCAGCAACAGUAGCACCAACCUGAGGGCUGAGCAACGCCGCACUUCAUCUGGACAAGUGACCCCGACGGACGGCGUUCGUGUGUCUGCAUUGCAGCUGAAGGACGGCCGUAUGUGGCAAUGAAACCUGUUUACAUAGGUGUGCUGUUAACAGAACAUGUGCCAAAUAAAGAGGCGGAUCGUCCCAUAACCCCCCCCAGCAACCCACAGUGUGACUGUUAUUGAUGGUGACAAAGUCCAGGAUGUUCAGAUCAUUGAAAGUAGAGCAUCUAAGUGAUCAUAGACUAAUGAGAUGAAUGUAUUCUGUUCCCAUGAGGAAGCUGUUGUUGCUGUGCAGUUGUGUAAAAGCAGACAUUUAACCCGAUUGUGCCGACUCACACGUGUGGCAGACCGCCAAUCCCUACAGGUUCUGUUUCCAACAAGAAUAUCCACGCGAUACCUGGGCAUUAAAGCGGCCGUCAUCCAGAAAUAGCCAGUACCGAAUGUGAAUUUGUAGAUCUAGAUUGAGCUGGAGUUGAUGCUGUGCAUUUGUGGAAGACAGAGGAGGGGUGUCACUGACAUCGUGAAUAUUAGUGUGUGUGUGUGUGUGUGUAUAUAGUGACUUUAAAGGUUUCUUAUAAAUGUUUACGUUGGACACACGUGUCCCAUCCUCACAGGCCAGACGGCUCGAUGCGACGUCAGACUGGUUCCUCGGACUGAUCUGCUCUCUCUGAGCUGAAGAACAGUCGUUUCCUUAGAAUGUGAAAGGAUUGACCCCGUGUGUCGUCACGUUUGUGUUGGAUAAUCAUUUUACACGUGAUGUCAAAGUCGACAAAAGCCAUGUUCUUCCUGUGCAUAGAGCCAGACAUGGGAGCUCUUCAGGAUGUGUUGCCUUCUUUCAUGUGACGAUUGAUGAGAUGUUGUUUGUAAAACUAUAUGUACCUGAUGCACCUGAAGCUUCAUCAAAAAUCACCGCGACGCCAUCGUCUGCUUUGUAGCUGCUCCUCAGCUGGCAUUACUGUAACGUCUGCAGUGUCCCUGUCUGUGCAUGGUCAUGACGGCAAAGGAUGUAGAGGAUGCGUUUAGUGUCUCCAUGAUGUUCCUCCCAACAAAAACCCACAAGCAAGAGGAACAUUUUUAAUUUCCAGCUCUUCUGUGAGACAAAUUGGACAAAAUGUAUAUUUGUAUGACACGCUAAUGAAAUGCCAACACGGGUCUCUGAAAUGUGCUGGGCACCAUUUUUAUCCAGCUAGCGGCUGUCGUCUGUAAAGAAGGUGGGACUAUUUUCAGUGUUUAGGACUCAAACGGACGUCCGUCUGUGCCUGGGGAAGCUCAACCAAAGAUUUCCCUUCCAGCUUGGAUUUCAUAGAUAGAGGAGCUUCCUGGCAAAUAUGUAGUAUAGACUGUGCCAAAUAAAUUCAUGUUUCACCUAUUGA